CAUGUAUGCCUCACAUGUAUGAUGUAACUUGUGGUGAUGAAUAUUUUAUCUAACAUUUUUGUUGAUACGUGUUCUUAUCGGCUUGUCACGUGAUUAUUGUUUACAUUUUGGUGGCUAUUUUUAGUUUUUUGCAUGUUCACUUUUGAUAAAUGGUCAUUAUGGUGUGAUAACAGGUUAGACUAUCAGAAAAACAGCAACAUCCUCUAUGGGGUAAUAGCUUGUACUGCGGUUAUAUGUGUUGGUCUCUGGUGGAUUACAAUGAAUUCCACAUCCACAGAUGUAACAGGAUCCACACCUCAAACACUGUUGGACAAAAUGGGACGUGACAACAUCUCCUCCAGCAGGGAUCCAGAUAAAUUAACACCAGAAGACAUCACUAGUUUCUGGAUUGGCUUUGGACUGGCCUUCAGUUCUACUAUUUUUAUAGGAACCAGUUUCAUCUUUAAGAAACUGGGAUUACGUAAACUUGCUAGUCAGGGAACCAGGGCAGAUCAAGGAGGUUAUGGCUACCUGAAGGAAUGGUUAUGGUGGGCUGGAAUGUCACUCAUGAUAUUGGGUGAGUUUGCCAACUUUGCUGCCUAUGCCUUUGCUCCUGCUACAUUAGUCACACCACUAGGUGCUCUCAGUGUUAUUGUCAGUUCUGUUUUAUCUUCAAUAUUCCUGAGAGAAAAAUUAAACAUACUAGGUAAAAUGGGCUGUGCACUGUGUGUGAUCGGGUCUACAGUCAUGGUUUUACAUUCACCACAAGAACAGGAAGUGGCCAGUAUGGACAUUCUAAAAGAAAAAGUACAGGAACCAGGGUUUGUAAUAUAUGCUUUCCUGAUGGUAGGAACUGCCAUAUUCUUUAUGAUAUUUGUAGCACCAAAGUAUGGUAAUCGAACAGUUCUAGUUUAUAUAACAAUAUGUUCUACUCUGGGAUCAUUCACUGUGAUGGGAUGCAAAGGAGUGGGCGUCGCCAUUCAUCAAACUCUUCACGGACAAAAUCAGUUUACAAACUGGUUGACUUACCUCUUUCUAUCAGCUGUUAUAAUUUGUAUAUUAGUGCAGAUGAACUUUUUGAACCGUGCACUGGAUAUUUAUAACACUGCGGUAGUGACACCUAUAUAUUACGUCUUUUUCACAACGUGUGUUAUAGUGGCAUCAUUAGUUUUAUAUAAAGAAUUUUUCUCAAUGUCGACCAAAGAUAUAUUUGGAUUUAUAUGUGGGUUCUUGAUAAUAUGUAUGGGUAUUUUUCAAUUAAAUGCUUUUAGAGACGUAAACAUCUCUCUUAAAAACUUGCCGAAUGCGCACAGAGACGAAUUACAGAAAGUCAGUUUGAAUGGAGGAUCAAUGAACCAGGAAAACACUGACGAACAAAGAUUAUUAGAAAAUGACUCAAUUAGUGCCAAAGAUUAUCAUGAUGAGGAUGAUUCUCAUCCAAUUUGACAGGAAGUCUUACAAGGGAGAUAAAAAGGAAAUUGUGGAAGGGAGAUAACCUUUAUUUAUGUCUUUCAUUUUAAAACAUUCACCAGUGAAUGUUGAAGGAGAAAAUAUAUAUAUUUAUAUGACACUGCCGAGGGAAAUUAGAAUUUUAUCAAAAUAUAAAUGUAACUAUGAUCAUUACUGGGACAAGAAUAGUUACAUUAGGUGGAAAGGUUUUACAAUAGAUAUAUUUAUUUAUUUAGUCUUUAAACUAGAUUUAAAAUUUUUUUUUUCUUUCUCAAAAAUGAUUUAUUAUGUUAUUUUUCAAAAGUAAAUGCCAAUUACUCUUGCCAAAAAAGGGAAAAAUAAACAAAGGAAAUAUUUGUGGAGCUAUUAAAAGACAAAAUGAAAUAAAUUUAAAAGGUCUAAAUGUAUAUUACAAAAAGACAAAAUAAAAGUAUUGUUUUAAAAGUUAAAAGAUGUCUAUGUAUAUUUAUGUAAAAAAAAAGGUUUUUCAUUGAAACCUUAUCAGAUCUGCAUAAUGUGAGACAACGUGUUCAAUUCAAAACUGUAUGUUUACCGGGAAAUAUAUUUUGUUUUAAAAGUCGUCAGAAAUUUCUAGUUAAUUGGUGCUCCUAUUCAGUAUUUAGGCUCAUUUUAUUCAGAAAUCAAACAAUAGAAAUUUAAGUAUGGCAGAAUCAAAAAUGUUGUUUGAAAAUCCUGAUAUAAAUUGUGCCAUUGGUGUAACAUCACACUUUUUACAUUGUUUCAAAUUAUGGCAUUUAUAUUUUUGUCUUUGAUUUUAUAUAACAGAGGUUGGUAAAGGAUUAUUUUCGUGCAAUAUGAUCACCCUUUUUUAUAUCACGUUCAACGUGUUCUUACCUUUUUAUUUGAUGUUCAGUCGUGCAAAACAGAUACCUUGUUCAACGUGUUCUGGUUAUUUAAUUUUACGUGCAUCAUGAUUUUCAAAUGCCUAUUUUGCGUGCUCUGUAUUUUUCAAAUAAAAUUCAAACACUUGCAGGGAUUGUCAAGAAAAAAAUGGAUUCAAUUUUAUUUUUUGAUAAACACAUGAUAAAGCUGAAAGGCCAUUGAUGUUGUUCCUUAUCAAAGUCUUUAUUUUUUGUGCAACAUUAAUGACAGAAAUUAUUUCACGUUCAGCGUGAAAUUAUGUCUUAUUUCACAUGUUUUCCAUGCAAGCACCCCCCUUUACCACCUCAUUACACAUACAAAAUUAUGAGAAUAUAAUUUAACAUAAUGUCACAUAUAUAUAUAUGCAUGAUAUAUGUCUUAGAUAUUAUUAAUUAUAAAGGUAAUGAUUUUCCUAACAUAAAUUGGCUUUUGUAUUUCUUAUUAAUUGUUUACAUUAUUAUAUUUGAAUAUUUUUGGACAGGAUAUUAUACAUGUAUAAGGGUCUCUAUUUAAUAUAUUUAAGGGUUCACUACAAGGCAAUUGAGAAAAUGUAAAGUUGUUUAACAAAUCUAUGUUUUUUUAAAGCAGAAUUGUUCAACAAUGAAUAUUGCACUUUACAAUUAUUAUUUAAACUGCAGCUUUCAGUCUAAAUAUACAAAGAUAGCUACAUGUAUACUACAGGUCUACUUAGAUCAUAAGAGAAACCAAGCAGUCUGUUGUGAUAAGAUAUAUCUCCACUUUCAACAGUUAAAAUUUCCAAUAUUUAAAAUCCUGGACAAGCCUCACAUUCAGUUUUGAUUGGAGAAAUUCUGAAUCACACUUGAUGCUGUGGUAAAAUUGUAUUUAUAUGAUGCUUGUACAUUAUAUCUGUUUUUAAUAGGUAAAGAUUGCAUGAAAUUCAAUCAAAACCUUAUGGGAAUGACUUGAUAUCUAAAUGUUCCAGGAUACAAUGUACCAAAUAAAAUUACAUGGGCGCAGCCAUUUUAUGAUGGGAACAUGACAUAGAGAUGAAAAUAGAUGGCUCUCUGUGAUUGGUUGUUAUAUCUUUUAUAUAUUUUUCUUCUGGAAAGCAUUAUGAAUGAAGUUGCAUGCAAGCACAAAUUUGUCCUUAAAUAUAUAGUAUGAAGGGCCGGAAUUUUUUUUUUAUGUUGCUCAAAAUUAGGGAAAAUUUUCUGCGAAAUCGUCGGGUAUCGUGAAAAAAUCCAAAAUUCACCAAGAAAAGCCAUGGGACCAUAUAUAUUUGAGUGUGGUAAAAUCACAAAUAGAUAUCGAGCUUCAAUUAGACAACAGAAGUUUUUCCAUAAUAAGUUUAUUAAAAACGCCUUUUAAGGAGGUUAUUGCAAAAAAUAGCAUUGCUGGCAAUGGGUCCACCAUUUAGUACUUUAUCUCUUCCAAGGCUUAUCAAUACCUUUUUUGAUACACAAAAUAUAGUGCAUUGAUCAUAACAUUCUAUACAUCCUAUCCAUGAACAUUUCCAGAAAUUUAUCAAUGUAAUUUAUGCUCAGAUAUUCAAGGCACAAAAUGAUGUUAGACUUGUCAAAAUUACAUAAUGUUUGCAAUGUGCAGCAAUCUAAUAUAUCUAAUCUCAAAAUAUAAAUUAUGUCAUUGUUAAUCUCAUCUUUAAAAAUUGGAGUUAUCUUCCUUUAUCUAGAAUAGCUGAUAAAUCAACUACAGCCAAUGCCAUAUUUAAUUUUACUUCCCAGUGAAGAAUUGGAGCAAUAUUUACCGUUCCGUGCUUUCAAGCACUUUGAAUUUGAGUUUUGAAUAACUAGUUUAUUAUUAUAAGGUGUCCAUGGUGAUUAGACGAGGAACAAAACUGUCUGUUCCUUCUUAAAGACCAAAACAAUAAUGAAAAACAACUAUUCUCCAGUACAAAUUCUGGUCUUCAGGACUUAUUUUAUCAUGACCUCAAUUGUAGUAAAUUCAAGUCUAUCAUGUCAUGCAUGUAUUUGGAUUCAAUAAAUAUUCUUUAAUAUUUUUAGACUUCUUGUACUUUGUUCAUUUCAACUGUGACAUUUAGAAUGCCCCAUUAAAGUACUUUAUGAAAUUCAAUACUUGUUCUGGUACAAGAAUAUGUAAAAUGUGUUAUGUCAUUAUAUUUCUGUUUGUUAUAAAUGUAUGAUAUUAGGAUGUUAAAUAUAUAUGAAGGGUAUAUGAUAGUUUAUAAAUGAAAACCAUUUUUUUUUGUAAAUUUUGGACUGAGGAAUAUUUUUCAUCACUAGUUUUUUUUUUUUUUUAUAUAUAUCAUCAUUACACCUCAAGUUUAAUUUCUAAUUAUCUGUAUAUUAUGCAAUACAAACUUGGCAGUUUGGUUGAAAAAAUUUCUUGCUGGUGUUAUUAAAGUUAUUGUUGUUAUAUAUGUUAAAGGAUAAUUCUAAUAUCUAUGAUGUGUACACAAAAUGUUUUCAUAUGAAAAGCUUCUUCAAUGACUUAAAAUGCUAAUAAUGCAUAAAACAGCAACACUGCCACAGUUUUCAUCAUUACUUUUGCCUUGUUUUUGAUUAACUGCCUAUAGCACUUGCAGUGCUUUGAUUGAUCAUGUAAAGAAACUCAUUAAAUUCAUAUAACAAAGUAAGAGUGCUGUAACAUUACCCACUUGAAUUUUUUAAUCAUAAUUAAAUUUAUCAUCGUUUUUUACAAGUAAUUGAAUUUUGGGGACCAUGUAUGGGAAUUUUCAUAAAUAUGUAUUUUCAUUUAAGUUUGAAUGAAAAUUAAAACAGAAAAUUCAAAGGUUUCCCCUGACAGUAACAACAACAGAAAAGAUUUUUUGGAAGCUUAUUAGAAAAUUUCAUUAGAUUAUUUAGAGAUGAUUUGGUGGUUGAAAUUCUAAAAAAAAUUCCAGAUUUUUUAUCCAAUCACGUAAAAUAAAUAGAAUUGAGCUUGAUAACUUGGUUUAAAUGUGAAAUCCCAAAUAAUAAAAUUGAGAUCGGAAAUGGGGGAUGUGUGAAAGAGACAACAACCUGACCAUAGAGCAGACAACAGCUGAAGGUCACCAAUGGGUAUCCAUAUUUAAAAAAAAAUCUAUUUUGAUAUGUGAAUAUUAUUACCUAACAGUUAAUGUAAGUUACUUAGUACAUUAAACAACGCUAAUAUAUAAAUAAAAGAUUGAUAAUAUACAACGAUAAAGUUUGUAAUGGGGGAUUGACAAUAGUUAUUCUUUUCAGAUUUAUAUUGUUAAGUUUUUGUCUAUGUUAUAUGUAAUGUUUUGUAAAUAAAAAUGGAAUAUUU